AUGGAAACUCCAACAAUGCAGUCUCGAAUCAAGGGAUCUAUCUUUGGCGUGGCAGUUGUUGAUGCCCUCGGCGGCCCUGUCGAGUUCCAACCACGGGGCAGUUUCCCACCAGUAACCCACUUCAUGCACAAUGACAACUUCAAUGUCCCACCAGGCACAUGGACUGACGACACAUCUAUGACCCUAUGUCUUGCUCAGUCCAUCAUUGCCUCGAGAGGCAACUUUGUCCCCCAGGCUGCAAUUUGUAACUACAUCAAGUGGUACGAAAAUGGUUACUUGUCAGCUACUGAUGAAUGCUUCGAUAUUGGUGCUGGAACCAGACAAGCAUUAAUGAUCUGGAAGCGCUACUUUGAAAAGACGCCUCAUAUUCGAGAAGAUGACCCAAUUGGUCACGAGGGCGGACAACAUGAAAUCGACAAAGCCCUGAAGCGUGGGAUGUUUUGUGGAAACGGCUCUCUUAUGCGUGUUGCACCCAUUGCGCUUGUGUAUUUCCAGGACAUGGACAGAGCAUUGUCCACUGCUACGCUUUCCUCAAAUGCCACUCAUCCUUACCCCACGUGCGCCGAAUGCUGUAUGGUCUACACCAGACUCAUUGUGUGCGCUAUGAAUGGCUCUAGCAAGGAAGAUCUUGCCAAAGAAGUCACUAGUACAGCUUUUAUAGAUGUUCAGGUGAAGCAACGGCUUGAUCAUUAUUCAAGUAUCACUGAUUGGGAGAAGACUGAUGAAGAUGAUAUCAAAUCAUCAGGAUAUGUUGUUUCCACACUUGAGGCUGCUCUCUGGGCGUUUUUUACCACAAGCACCUUUGAAAGCGGAGCUUUCAAGGUCGUCAAUCUGGGCAAUGAUGCAGAUACCGUGGGGGCAGUAUAUGGAGGGCUAGCCGGAGCAUAUUAUGGGAUUGAAGAGAUACCAUCUGAGUGGAUUGCCGGCCUGCAAAAGAAAGAGGUUGUCGAAGAAAUUGCAUCCGGUCUCUGUUCCCUUAAGCGGCCCGAUGUCCAAAAGUCCCAUUCAAUCCCCUUAACGCCAGCCGUCGCCUCGCUCAUACAAUCGUGCGUCGAUUCCGCGCAGACGGUGCUCCGUAUCCUCCGUGUCAUAGGUGAUGAGGAUCUCCUAGAAGCAUUCCUACCGUUUCAGCUCGAAGACGCAUUCUCUUCUGCCUUUCUUCUCCAUGUUAUCCGCGUCGUGGCACCAUCUCUUGUCCAUGACGACUCCUGGUGCGAAAAUAUCCAAUGUAUUCUGGACAAAAUGAUCUCGAAAGGGAGCAGCUCAGUAGCGCCACUCCGUAAGCUCGAACUCACCCAGCUCGAGCAGUUGCUGGCGCCGUUGACACCCGUCUACGAUCCAUUAACAAUUCCCCUGCAGGCGGAUGAUGACCGUCCGGGUUAUUCGACAGACCGAGUUGCAGGGCUUGCGACGGCGAGUGAAGAACCUGGCUGGGACUUUUUCAAUACAGACAUGACUGUGGGGAUUUCACCGACACAGCUGUUGGAUCUGGCUGCGCAACUUGAUGUGGAUGGUCGGGGUUGA